CAAGAGGGGACACAAAGAACAGCUGCGGCAGCACUUGCGUCCAUUCUAACGGGGAGGACCUACAAGUUCAUGCGUCAGGGAUUCUGAUUCAGGCUGAAAUACUAGAAUGAAACCCGUCAACAAAUGGCAGACUUUUUAGAAAUCCCUUCAGAUGUAGCAUCAUAGAUUCAGAAAUCUGGAAAUCAUGCAUCAGAUUGUAGGAGGUGAUCCCAAUGCUCGGGAAGAUGUUGAGCUCUUGGCCAAACAGAAAGCUGAUGAGCUGUUUGCUGUUUGUGACAUUGAAGAGAAGGGCUUCAUCACCAAGCGUGACAUGCAGAGGCUGCAGAUGGAGUUGAACCUUGACCCUGAACAACUAGAGGCUGUGUUUGAUUCGCUGGAUGAUGAUAAGAAUGGAUAUUUAACUCUAGAGGAGUUCACAUCGGGCUUCGGAAGUUAUCUGGGAAAUGCUCCCGUAAAUGACAAUGACAGCCUGAAUCUGAGUGAUAAUUACGAAGAAGAAAUGGGCGACAAGGCUGAAGAGGAGGAAAAACAAUUCAGUAACAUGAUGGAGAGCAUAGGAGCGGAUAAAGUCAUUGAUGAUCAGGCCACAGUGAAAACUCUAUGGAUGAAGAUUCGACAUGAGGAACCUGAGCUGAUGUCAAACUUUGAGGACUUCCUGUACAAAGUGUCCAACGAUAUCCAGAGAGCCAGAGGAGACUUUGAGUCACUGGAGAAUGCUCUCAAAAGUAAGAACACGGCUCACGAUCAGGAAAUUCAGAAACUGUAUGAAGAAAUGGAAUAUCAAAUCAAACAGGAGAAACAGAAGAUUCUUACAGAGGAGCAGUUAAAAGAGAGACAGCUGAGAGAAGCAAUGGAGGAAGAAUUAAAAGAAAAAGACAGGCAGCUACAGGAUCUCCUUGCUAAACACCAAGAGAUGGAAAAAAGGAUGAGUGAAUUAAACCAAACAGAAGCUGAAACAAAACUGGAAAAUGACAAAUUAAUGAAGGAGAAAGAAACUUUAGAAGAAAUGCUAGAGAGAUCUCAGGAAAGUCUUGAAGAAUCAAAAUCAUAUAUUGGUCAGCUACGAUCUCAACAAAAAGACGAAAAACGAGAAAGAGCCAGGGCAGCAUUGCGUUUAACAGAAAACAUUGCUUUGGAAAGAGAAAGUUUGGUUAAACAGCUUGAUUUGCUGAGAGAUGUAAACAAGAAGCUUCGCGAUGACAAGGAUGAGGCAGAAACAAGGCGGUGUGCUGUCAGUGACACAGAGAUGUCAGAUGAUUUACACCAGAUUUUGGAGUCAGAAGCAAAUGCGAAGAGGCAAUGCUUCAGAAACCAAGACCCGGCCAAACGAGGAUCAAUCCUUGGCAACUACUUCCCUCCAAGCAGAGGUAGAAUGGACUCCACCCAAGAAUCAAUCUCGGAGUUUUCGAACGACGAGGAUCUAGAGAAAUCUCAGCCACAUCAUCAUUCACUUCAUGACAUCACAGACAUCACCGAUGACAUUGAAUGUGAUGAUGAUGUCAUGACAACUCAGCUCACACAGUCACUUGAUCAUGUAGAUAGUCAUUAUGGGAUAGGAGUGCAGGGUUCAGAGGUCUUUGAUAGCAGGGAUCAAACCACAAGUAGUGAUGGGGAAAUAAAUGUUAGAAGUACCAGACAGAGGCACAAGCAGCACAAAAGACAGAGGAAGAAAGGACACAAAGCUGUGGUCGAUGAAAAUAGGGAUGAUACUGACAUUAAUAAUUAUGAGGACACUUUUGAAACAUCUUUUAGAAAUGGAAUUGUCCCUGAAACCCCGAGAGGACAGCCGGUUGGAGAAGACAAGACUGACGAGGAAGUGACCCCUCCCCCCAGACAGAGGUUGUUUAAGGUGGUGUUUGUGGGAGACUCGGGUGUUGGCAAGAGCAGCUUCAUCCACAGAUUUUGUAAUGACCAGUUCAACCCCACAUUCAGUGCAACUAUAGGUGUGGAUUUCCAGGUAAAGAGUCUGGUGAUGGAAGGUCAGGUGAUUGUUCUACAGCUAUGGGACACUGCUGGCCAGGAACGGUUUCGCAGUAUCACCAAGCAGUAUUUCAGAAAAGCAGAUGGUGUGAUACUAAUGUAUGAUGUCACCACUGAAGCCACAUUCACCAAUGUCAGAAACUGGAUGACCAGCAUAAAAGAGGGGGUGGAGGAAGGAACAGCCUUGGUUGUCGUGGGUAACAAGACAGAUCUGAUUGAGGAACAUGACAGAAGAGCCAUCAAAACGAAAGAUGGGAACAAACUUGCUGCUGAAUUUGAUGCCACAUUCUUUGAGGUCAGUGCCAAGUCUGGAACAAACAUCAAGGAAUGCAUGGAAGCUUUGGCAAGAAUUUUAAAAGAAAAAGAAGAUGAUGAAAUAGAGAAAGCUGUACAUUUGGAAGAUUCUGACAAAAAGCAAAAAGGAGGAUGCUGCAGUUGACAGAUAUGGGACAAAUUAUCAUAAACAUGAAUACUCAUUGUUAACAUUAAACAAAGCAACUCUCUCCUGAAACCCCCCACCCCACCCCCCUCUGAUAUUUCAGUUGAAUAUUUCAUUACACAAGUCCUCAGUAAAUCGACAAGAAAUAUUAUACUUCCACAAUCAGAACAGUGCCACUGCAUGUUCUUCAUUUUGAUGCUUCCAGGAUCUCUUAUGUGUAUUGAUUUAGACAUUAUCCAAAGUUGUGACUUGGAAAGUCCCUCCUUUGAUCUCUGUGUUCUAAGAACAAAAAUUUUGUUGUUGUUGUUCUUUUUUUUUUUUGAAAAGAAAAAAUACGCUGACUGCAUUUACUCAUGUCUGUUCCAUAAUGACUGAUCUCCAUGGUUACAGAAAUCCAUUAAUAUUAUUUUAGUGCAAUAUUUUAGAUUUUAUUUUCAUAUUUUAUGAUAUACACAAUUCCAAACUUGUUUCAUAAUUUAUGUAUGGGAGAAUCAUAAACUCUCAGUUGUUAUUUUGAAGCAAAUAUUUAUCAAUUCUCUGUGGGGAAUACUUUUAUCAACACUUACAUUAUUUUAUUUCUGUACAUAUUUGUGUUGUCUGACAUACAUGUAUAUAAUUUUUUUUUAAUUCAGUGAUGUCAUUACAUGUCAUUCAGAUUGGUUGAUGGUUUGAAGGAAUAACAAGUGAGGUUUGAUCUGUGGUCACCACAGGAAAGUUUAUAAUGGGAAGUUUUAUUUAUCCCAGAAAGAGUUAUCUUAUUGAAAAUAAGGCAUUUAUAGAGAUAUUUAUACAUUUUCAAGAAGAAUCUUGCUUAGAUUCAACAUGUAUCGAUCCUUUGUGAUCCUUGUCAAGGAUGUUGAUUAAUUUUCAUGACAUAUACAUGUAGAUCAAAACAAGCAAAACAAUUUUAAAUUUUUUUUUUUUACACUGUACCAAGACUGUAUCAUGAUUCCAUGAACUGUUGCUUUGUAGAAUUCCUGAACCAAUGUAAUGAUUGUUGAUGUCUGCUAGCUACUCUUCCAUUUGUUGAUUAGGCAAUAUAUCACUUUACAUACAUAGUAUGUUUCAGUGAUGCUUGUGGGAAAUGUUGCUUUUUACUAUGUGUACAUAUAAAUUUGUACAUAGUGUUUUAAUAAAUUUUUAUAUUUAUGAAUGUUACAUGUAUUAGAAUGGGUAUUUUGUUGAAAGUUUAUAAUUAAUCUUAAAUAAUAUGCACAAAAUAUAUAAAGAUUCAGAUUUUUUAAUUUUUGUUGAAACACAUUUUAUUUUAUGGAAAAAACUAGAUAGAAAAUAUAUUACUGGUAAGCUAUAAUGUAGUCAUGAAAAUCGAUGACUUUUUUAACAUAGGGUUUUAAAGUUUGUUCCAUGUUGGAAGCAGUUUUUUUUUAUCAUACAUGUUAACAUGGUUAAACAUGCACAACAUUCCAGAUAAUAAAUAUUGUUAUAAAGAA